CCGUAGCAGGUUUAAAACGCCUUCUCUAGUUUCCUGCAACUCAUUCAUCAACGAUACGACGGAUAUCAUCAUGCGAUUCUACUUCUUGAUUUCUUGCACCUGGCUGGCAGCCGCCGUCUUUGUUACGCUCGUCUCUCACGGCAUUCUAUCCAAUGCGCAGUGGGUCGAAUGUGCAUCAAACAAAAAUGUUGUCAACGUAGACGUUUACUAUGGACCAUUAUGCAGUAAUAGCCUGAAAUGGUUUCUAGAACAGUUCUUAAUAUUAUAUCCACGAUUGAAAUGUCGUAUCCAUGUUACAUUUGUUCCUUACGGUAAUGCUACACACCAUCGCGAAAACGAAACCGGUCCGUGGCAGUUCUCGUGUCAACAUGGACCCAGCGAGUGCUAUGCGAAUAAGAUCCAUGCGUGUGGGAUUCACGCCAUACAGUACUCCGAGCCAGCCAAGGACCACCAACUAUUGACGAUUAAUCUGAUCAGUUGUUCAAUGUUUAUGGGAGCAAUCUCGCCGACUGGUUAUCCAGAGUACAUUCCCAAAGUCAACCUAAGUAAAGAAACGCGAAAGUUGAUGAAGAAUUGCAUCGCGAGCGAACUGGCAGACGAUUUGCUUGCAGCGAAUGGCGACAAAACGAAGGCCCUGCAAUCACCUUUGAGAUUGCCGACGAUAGUGAUCAAUGGGGUAUACUCGAAGGAAAAUCAAGAUGAGGCGAUAAGAAGCUUCCGCAAACUGAUCUGUCGACAUUUGACAGCGGACAAGCCGGACAUCUGCUACAACAGGAAUUAAAAAGGAGUAGGAUCAAGCUAAGCGUUGAAGGUGUGGAGACGAAUAAACAUUUACUCGAAAUAAA